ACAAGGAUGAUCUUAGCAAUGCUUAAUGUGGAAAGGCUUUGACUUGGAGGCGAGCGGGGGAAGGUUUAGGGCAGACUAGAGGGCCGGUUAGGGGUGUGUGCUGGAGCUGGGGAACCGGGGAGGGAGUGUGUGAGCCUUGAGGGUCAGGGGACACCACAGGGAUUGCUGUGGCAGAGGGACAUGUGAACCGUGGUUGGCUUGGGAGCAAGUGUGUGGCUCAAGGGCAACAGCCCGGCCAGGUCCAGGUGGGGGCCUGGGCAGCGCCUGCCAUGUGGGACCGGCCCCUGGUGGUGCUCAGCUGUGUCUUGACACCCCGAAGAAGGUCUUGGUACCUUCUCACCAACCUAAUUCCUGAGCUACCUAACCCCAAAUGAGCUAGAAUUGCUAUCUCAACCGUUUUUUGCAGGUUCUGUCUUGUCUGGUGCAGUGCAAACUGGGCCCUGAGCAUGCAGGAGAGCAGAGGAAGGACAGGCAGACAGAUGGAUAGAUGAAGGCGGGAAGCACAGGCUGAGGGGAUUUGGGGCAUGUGUGGUGGGGAGGCUGCGGAGAGGAGACCGCACAGGCAGGAGCUGAGCUGGUGAAAGGGAGGGUUCUAGCCCCCAGGGGAAGGGUCUGCGACACUGACAGGAGGGGCUUGGCCCGAGGGCCUUGGUCCGAGGAGGUGGGUGGUCUGGAGGUUGCAGGGAGCAGAGGGUCUGAGAUGGGGAAGGAAAUGGAGCUGGGUGGGGUGCAGAGAGGAGCCCCACGACUGCCCACCUCCUGCACAGGGCCUGGGGCUCCGGGUGGUGGGAAGGGGCAGUUCCACGGCAGAGACGGAGGCCAGCCCCUGCAGCCUGGACACCGUGGAUCCCGCCAGGGGCUGGGGAGGAUCAGGUGGAGGGAGAAGCAGGAGAGCAGCUGCCCCUUGGCCCAGCACAGGGGGCGAUGGGAGUCCUGGGAAAGCAGGACCCUGGCCUCGAGCCUCUGCGGCAUUUUCUCUGCUAGAAUCUCGUCACCUCUCUCUUCACCUCCUUCUCCAAAUCCCACCCAGAUGCCCCUUCUCUGAAUCGCCAUGGGGAUUCUCUCAGGCCCCACCCCUCCUGCAGAGCAGGCCUGUUCUAGGAGUCACCGGGCAGGGGUGGCUGCUGCCCUUCUGUGCCCCACCCCUCGGAAGAGCUGCUGCAACCCUGGUCUUUGUCAUCGGCCGUCACCUGGCGGAGAGGCUGCCAAGCAGAGGGAGGCUAGUAGUGUCACUUGACGCCUCCUCUGGCGUCUGGGCAGGAGACUUCUCCCCAGAGGCCCCAGGCUGAUAUCUGUCUGCCCCUGUGUCACAGGAGGACUCACCUCUGGCCCCUCAGUAGGCUCUGCAAACACUGAGCCAGUCUUGGGGAGGCUGUGCAGUGGGGAAGAAGCAGUAGCCAGGCUCUGCUAGGUCACCCUGCCCUCCCGUCAGCCUUGGGGCUGCCUUGUCACACCUGCCCAAGGACCCACCAGCCGGUCCUCACCCCUUCCACCCUCAGUGUAGUCACUCCGGGGCUUCCUGAGGACCUGCACCCAGCACCACCCCUUCAAGCCUCCCGAACCAUCCCGCCCAGGCCUACUAGGCGAUGUGUCCUCAGGGCCAUGUAGAAACACUCCCUUGUCCCCACUUCAGCAGCAUAGUACCUGUCGCACGCCAUCUGAGGGAGGUACAGGUGCUGAUCCUUCACGUGACCUGAUGCCUCACUGCAGCCUGCGUACACGUGAGCAGCCUCAUGCAGAGGGGAAGCUCUGCCCGGGUCUUGGGGACUGUGACAUGGAGCAGGAGCCGCCCCCAGCCAGGCUGUUUUCAGCACAGCGUGGGCCCACAGCACCUUCAUGUGAGGUGCGGCCCCUCGGAGGAGGGCUGUCAGGUGAAACAUCCUGUGAGGGGGUGCCUCAGGAAUCCCGAAGCUGGGCUGAGCCAUGCUGCUGCUGCCAGAGGCCCUGGAGAGGACCUGGUUUUGGGAGACUCAGAGUCCUCUGUGAAAAAACCCUUGGAGAGCACCCCAGCAAAGCUGCACUUGGCUCCUGUGAGGAAGGGGCUCAGAGGCCUGGGCCCCUCUGCCUGGGCCGGGCUGGAGCUAUGGACCGUGAGCUGGCCCAGCCCACGUCCGUGCUGAGCCUCCCUGUCUGUGACCGUGCCAUCAUGGGCUCCUGGGUGUACAUCACGGUGGAGCUGGCCAUUGCCGUGCUGGCCAUCCUGGGCAACGUCCUGGUGUGCUGGGCCGUGUGGCUCAACAGCAACCUGCAGAACGUCACCAACUACUUCGUGGUGUCGCUGGCAGCGGCCGACAUCGCGGUGGGUGUGCUCGCCAUCCCGUUUGCCAUCACCAUCAGCACUGGGUUCUGUGCCGCCUGCCACGGCUGCCUCUUCAUCGCCUGCUUCGUCCUGGUCCUCACGCAGAGCUCCAUCUUCAGCCUCCUGGCCAUUGCCAUUGACCGCUACAUCGCCAUCCGCAUCCCGCUCCGGUACAAUGGCUUGGUGACUGGCACAAGGGCUAAGGGCAUCAUUGCCAUCUGCUGGGUGCUGUCAUUUGCCAUCGGCCUGACUCCCAUGCUGGGUUGGAACAACUGCGGUCAGCCUAAGGAGGGCAGAAACCACUCACAGGGCUGCGGGGAGGGCCAGGUGGCCUGUCUCUUUGAGGACGUGGUCCCCAUGAACUACAUGGUGUACUUCAACUUCUUUGCCUGUGUGCUGGGGCCCCUGCUGCUCAUGCUGGGUGUCUACCUGCGGAUCUUCCUGGCAGCGCGACGACAGCUGAAGCAGAUGGAGAGCCAGCCUCUGCCGGGGGAGCGUGCACGGUCCACACUGCAGAAGGAGGUCCACGCUGCCAAAUCGCUGGCCAUCAUUGUGGGGCUCUUUGCCCUCUGCUGGCUGCCCCUGCACAUCAUCAACUGCUUCACCUUCUUCUGCCCCGACUGCAACCACGCCCCUCUCUGGCUCAUGUACCUGGCCAUCGUCCUCUCCCACACCAAUUCCGUUGUGAAUCCGUUCAUCUACGCCUACCGUAUCCGCGAGUUCCGCCAGACCUUCCGCAAGAUCAUUCGCAGCCACGUCCUGGGGCAGCAAGAACCCUUCAAGGCAGCAGCUGGCACCAGUGCCCGGGCCCUAGCAGCUCAUGGCAGUGAUGGAGAGCAGGUCAGCCUCCGUCUCAACGGCCACCCCCCAGGAGUGUGGGCCAACGGCAGUGCUCCCCACCCGGAGCGGAGGCCCAAUGGCUACGCCCUGGGGCUGGUGAGUGGAGGGAGUGCCCGAGAGUCCCAGGGAGACACGGGCCUCUCAGACGUGGAGCUCCUUAGCCAUGAGCUCAAGGGAGUGUGCCCAGAGUCCCCUGGCACAGAGGACCCCCUGGCCCAGGAUGGAGCAGGAGUGUCCUGAUGAUCCAUGGAGUUUGCCCCUUCCUAAGGGAAGGAAAUCUUUAUCUUUCUGGUUGGCUUGACCAGUCAUGUUGGGAGAAGAGAGUGCCAGGGGCCCCUGAGGGCAGCUGGUUCCUGCUUUGGACUGAGAGGAGGGAGCCCCAGGCUGGAGCAGCAUGAGGCCCAGCAAGGAGGGCUUGGGGUCGCAGGAAGCAGACGUUUCAUGCUGUGAAGCCCUGGACCAGGUGGGGGCCACAGCACCAGCAGCAUCUUCGCUGGCCAGGGCCCAGCCCUCCACUGCAGAAGCAUCUGUAAGUGCCACCUUGUCUCCACAGAGCAGGUUGGGCACAGCAGACUGGCCUGGCCCUGAGGCUGGGGAGUGGCUCCAACAGCCGCCUGACACCCACCCACCACUCUCCCUAGACUCUCAAAGGGUUCAGGAGCUGCUGGGCCCAGAGGUGACAUUCGACUCUUUUUUCCAGGAAAAAUCUAAAUGUGAGGAAACCCUUUUAAUUUUAUUACCCUUUCCUCCCUGGCUGCUGGGUCUGUCGGUCCUGCUGCUAACCUGGCACCAGGGCCUCUGCCUGGGGAGUCAGGCAGUCCUCUCCUGCUGUCAUGAGCUGCCAUCCACUUCUCACUCCCAGGGCCAUCUCUCGGAGUGACAAUGCUGGGAUCACGGACAGGGAGUUACAACAGAGCAGUGCCAGAGCAUGGGCUCAGGCCCCAGGGGAGAGGUCGGGGCUGGCAGGCCACUGGCAUGUGCCUAAGCAGCGCGGAGCUGCCCGGCGAGAGGCCUUGUCUAACUGCCUUUUCUUCUAAAGGGAACGUUUUUUUCUGAGAUAAAAUAAAAAUGAGCCACAUCGUGUUUUAAGCUUGUCCAAUGAGAA